CAGGAGCCGUUUCAUCGGCUGCACAAGCAGCAAGAUCAAAAGUGAGCCUUUUCUGAUUGCUGCAUAGUGUCAAUUGGCCAAUCUCUUCUCCCAGGGAAAAAAAAAAAGUAAAUCAAACCUUUGAGAAGCAUUUGCUGGUUGAAGUGCUUUCUGUCUAGUGAGGGGGUCUGUGGAUUUCUAGUUUAUGAUAAAUAGGACUUUAAAAAUCAGGGACAGGAGGGCGAGUGUUCAGGUUCUGGAGCUAUGCAGCUGGAGCACUGCCUUUCUCCUUCUAUCAUGCUCUCCAAGAAAUUUCUCAAUGUGAGCAGCAGCUACCCACAUUCAGGCGGAUCUGAGCUUGUCUUGCACGAUCAUCCCAUUAUCUCGACCACUGACAACCUGGAGAGAAGUUCACCUUUGAAAAAAAUUACCAGGGGGAUGACGAAUCAGUCAGAUACAGACAAUUUUCCUGACUCCAAGGACUCACCAGGGGACGUCCAGAGAAGUAAACUCUCUCCUGUCUUGGACGGGGUCUCUGAGCUUCGUCACAGUUUCGAUGGCUCUGCUGCAGAUCGCUACCUCCUCUCUCAGUCCAGCCAGCCACAGUCUGCGGCCACUGCUCCCAGUGCCAUGUUCCCGUACCCCGGCCAGCACGGACCGGCGCACCCCGCCUUCUCCAUCGGCAGCCCCAGCCGCUACAUGGCCCACCACCCGGUCAUCACCAACGGAGCCUACAACAGCCUCCUGUCCAACUCCUCACCGCAGGGCUACCCAACCGCCGGCUACCCCUACCCACAGCAGUACGGCCACUCCUACCAAGGAGCCCCGUUCUACCAGUUCUCUUCCACACAGCCUGGGCUGGUGCCCGGCAAAGCGCAGGUGUACUUGUGCAACAGGCCCCUUUGGCUGAAAUUUCACCGGCACCAAACGGAGAUGAUCAUCACCAAACAGGGAAGGCGCAUGUUUCCUUUUUUAAGUUUUAACAUUUCUGGUCUCGAUCCCACGGCUCAUUACAAUAUUUUUGUGGAUGUGAUUUUGGCGGAUCCCAAUCACUGGAGGUUUCAAGGAGGCAAAUGGGUUCCUUGCGGCAAAGCGGACACCAAUGUGCAAGGAAAUCGGGUUUAUAUGCAUCCGGAUUCCCCCAACACGGGGGCUCACUGGAUGCGUCAAGAAAUAUCUUUCGGAAAAUUAAAACUUACAAACAACAAGGGAGCUUCAAACAACAAUGGGCAGAUGGUGGUUUUACAGUCCUUGCACAAGUACCAGCCCCGCCUGCAUGUGGUGGAAGUGAACGAGGAUGGCACGGAGGACACCAGCCAGCCCGGCCGCGUGCAGACAUUCACUUUCCCCGAGACUCAGUUCAUCGCCGUCACCGCCUAUCAAAACACCGAUAUUACACAACUGAAAAUAGAUCACAACCCCUUUGCAAAAGGAUUUCGGGAUAAUUAUGAUACGAUCUACACUGGCUGCGACAUGGACCGCCUGACCCCCUCGCCCAACGACUCCCCGCGCUCGCAGAUCGUGCCCGGGGCCCGCUACGCCAUGGCCGGCUCUUUCCUGCAGGACCAGUUCGUGAGCAACUACGCCAAGAUGCAAAGAGGCUUUAAAAUUCUAAUUGAAAUGAACAUUGGAGGGGGUAACAAAACCAAUUUGCCAUCCCUGGACAAUUUCGCCACUAGACGGCGUUUCACGGAGUUUUGUUUGCCACACAGAAAACUGAUGACUGAUUUUCCUUUGUUUCUUUCUCCCUUCCCACACCUAAGAACUAAAGAGGACAAAAGUACAAAAUACGGUGCUUGUGUGGCGAGUGAAGUGGAGCAGUGUGUUCUGGGCCUGCGCUCCUGUGACCUCGCCGCCGCCGGGGGCGGCCGAGCAGGAGACGCACCCUGGCCCCCGCCGCUGAGCCUGGACCCAGGCUCUCUGGCUUCGCCGGUGGGCGGGUGGGCGCGCGGCUGCGUCCUGGCUGUUUCGGCCAGGGGGCCAGGCAAGGAAUCUAGUCUAGAUCUGGGCCGCAGAUCUAGACAGGGAGCCCAGGCGUCGGUCCAGGCCCGGAGUCCAGGCGGUUCUCCUGUCCCCUCCGAGUCCGGUGGAGCGUGGCCUUGGCUUUGGUCUUGGGUGUGGCCUUCCCGCGUGUAG